AUGACUCAUCAUUUGUCUGGUAUGCUGGGUUUUUCUCCCUCGCUUUCUCUUAAGGAAUGGUUGCAACAUUGUAUGGAGCAAUUACCUCAAUCAUCGUUUUGCCGUCUUUUGGUGAAGCUAUGGUUUUUGUGGAAAGCAAGGAAUGAUAAAGUGUGGGCGAAUAGAAAUUGUGAGCCUCUCCUACUUAGUGCUCAAGUUUGGCAUGCCAAUUAUCUUCAAGCCAAUAUUUCACCCCCCAAGGUCCCACGUAAUAAGCAUGCCUGGAAGAAGCCUCCUGUUGGUUGGUUCAGUGUUUGCAUGGAUGGAGCUUUUGAUGUGCACUCUCAUUCUGGUGGCGCAGGAAUUGUGGUACGUGAUGCAAAUGGUUCUUUUAUUUGUGGGAUGGCCAUUAGUUUUGAUCAAGUUUUUUCUCCUGCUCAAGUGGAGGCACUAGCUGGUAGAGUAGCUUGCAGGCUGGUUCUUGACCAGGGUUUGGGUCCAGUUCGUCUAGAAUCGGACUCCUUAUUGUUAGUACAAGCUAUGCAUUCUAUCCAAGAUUCUUUUAUUCAGCUCCGGGUUGUUUAUGAGGAUGUUUUGGCUCUCUUUUCUCAGCUGCCUGGAAGUACUUUCUCACACUUGUAUCGGGAAGGGAAUACUGCUGCUCAUUCUCUUGCUCGUUGGGCAUUAUGUAAUAGGUCAUGCAAUGUUGUUUUUACUUCUACACCUCCCUUUCUAGAGGAGAUUAUUUCUAGAGAAUGUACUUAA